AUGAGAUUUGCUACCAUUAUCCUUGUAGUGUUGAUGCUCGCCAUCGCCUCUGCCUCUUCAUUCUCUGAGCAACAAUACAGAGAUUCAUUCACUUCCUGGAUGCAAAAGCAAGGUCGUGUCUACUCUUCCCACGAAUUUGGUGCCCGUUACAAUGUUUUCAAGAAGAACAUGGACUAUGUCCAAGAAUGGAACUCCAAGGGAUCUGAAACCGUCCUCGGUCUCAACGUCUUUGCUGAUAUCUCCAACGAAGAGUACCAACGUAUCUACCUCGGUACCAAGGUUGAUGGAACUGCCCGUCUCGCCGCCGCUGCCUCUACCACCAUGGACCGUAUCUACGAAGUCCAAGCCGCCACUGUCGAUUGGAGACAACAAGGUGCCGUCACUGCCAUCAAGAAUCAAGGUCAAUGUGGUUCAUGUUGGUCUUUCUCUACUACUGGUUCAACUGAAGGAGCUCAUUUCCUCAGUACCAAGAACCUCGUUUCACUUUCCGAACAAAACCUUAUUGAUUGUUCAACUGCAGAGGGUAAUCAAGGAUGUAAUGGAGGCCUCAUGACCCAAGCCUUUACCUACAUUAUCAAGAAUGGCGGUAUCGAUACUGAAGCCUCAUACCCAUACAAGGCUGUCCAAGGUAAGAAGUGUCUCUACAACACUGCCAACAAGGCUGCCACCAUCUCCAAGUACACCGAAGUCACCUCUGGUUCUGAAGCUGCUCUUGCCACUGCUGCCAACGCUGCUCCAAUCUCUGUUGCCAUCGAUGCUUCCCACAACUCUUUCCAACUCUACUCUUCAGGUAUCUACUAUGAACCAGCCUGUUCAUCCACCUCUCUUGAUCACGGUGUCCUCGUCGUAGGUUACGGAACUGGUGCCGUCUCUGGCUCUGCCUCCACCUCUUCCACUGGUCCAUCCACCUCUUCCUCUGGCAAGUCCUCAUCCUCAUCUGGCAAGUCUUCCUCUUCAUCAUCUGGCAAGUCUUCCUCCUCCACCACUGCCUCUACCUCUGGUUCCCAAUCCGGUUCUCAAUCUGGUUCCCAAUCAGGUUCCCAAUCUGGUUCCCAAACCGGUUCACAAUCUGGUUCCCAAACCGGUACCUCUGCCACUGGUUCCCAAUCUGCUUCCGCCUCUGCCUCUGCUACCGGCUCUGCCUCUGCCUCUGCUACUGGUUCCGGCUCUGGUUCUGGUUCUGGUUCCGGUUCCGGAUCUGGUUCUGGCUCUGGUUUGGCUCAAGCCAACUCUAGCACUGGUGACUAUUGGAUCGUCAAGAACUCUUGGGGCACAACCUGGGGCUAUUCAGGCUACAUUUUCAUGUCAAGAAACAGAAACAACAACUGUGGUAUUGCCACCAUGGCCUCUUUCCCAUCCGUCUAA